GAGAAACUGGACUGAGACCACCGGAUGAAGAGUCCCUCCGCUUCUUAACUUCCUUGGUAAGUCCAUCAAUUUCCAGUCUCCAAGAACAGGAGAGUGAAGAAAGCAUUGAAAGGAAACCGAAAACAUCCAGCAGUUUCUUUCAGAACUUGAUGGCAUUGUCAGGAAGAGAGCACACUGACAGAAGGAAAAAGAAGAUUUAUGAUGAAGAGAAGGGUGGAGAGGAGAGUGAAGAGGAGGAAUGGGAGAGAAUGAAGAGAAAGAAGUACUAUAAGGAAAAGGAGGACUAUAAAGAAAAGGAGGAAUGUGAGACAAUGGAGACAGAAAAGGAGAGGAAGAAAAGGGAGAAAAGGGAGAGAAAAGAGGAAAAGGAGGACAGGAAGGAAAGGGAAAAAUGGAAGAGAAAAGAUGAAAAGGAGGAAAAGAAGUACGGGAGGAAAAGGGAGGAAAGGGAGAGAAAAGAUGAAAAGGAGGAAAAGAAGGAAAAGGAGAAAUGGGAGAGAAAGGAUAAGAAGGAGGAAAAGAAGGAAAAGGAGAAAAGGGAGAGAAGGGAUAAAAAGGAGGAGAAGAAGGAAAAGGAAAAAAAGGAGAAAAGGGAGGGAAAGGACAAAAAGAAGGAAAUGAAGGAAAAAGAGAGAAGGGAGAAAAAGAAGAAAAUGAAGGAAAAGAAGGAAAAGGAGAAAAAGGAGAGAAAGGAGCAAAUGGAGAAAAAGAAGGUAGUGAAGGAAAAAGAGAAAAGGGAGAAAAAACAUACAAUGAAGGAAAAGAAAAAAAGGGAGAAAAAGGAGAGAAAGGAGCGAAUGGAGAAAAGGAAAAAAGAGCUGAAAGAAAAAAGCAUCAAAGAGAUGAAAAAGAUGCGAAACAAGGUGAAAGCAGAAUCUAAGAAAGCCAAAGCCAAACUUCAACGCGAAAAGCGGAAAUUGAAGUCAAAGGCAAAAAUGAAAAUGAAGAAAAUGAAGAAAAUGAAGAAACCUAAAUUGAACAUCGCAAAAAAACUGAAAAAAUUUAGGAAAUGA